UCUUUUGUGAAUAUUUAUUCAGUUGAUUGUCCCUGCCUUUACUGUGUUACCGAUGGCUAAGGGGCGUAUUCGCGACGAUAGUCGCCAGAAGAUACGUAGGAGAAAACAACACAUUGACGAUGAAGAAAUAUCAGAAGGUGAGGCUUUUGAUGAAGAGGACGAACGUAAAUACGGGCGGUUUUUUCAAAAUAAAGACGAGGAAGAAUCUGAAGGAACCGGCGAACUUUGGAACUGUUUAUUCGAUGAGAGUCUAGAAGCGGACGAGGAAGAUGUGGAAGAACCGGUUUCCCUUAAAAAUGAACAGAUAAGUGAGAAGGCCCCUUCUAGGAAAAGUAAACCCGUCGAUGGUGAUGAGUUCGAUAAAUAUGUACGCCAAGAAGAAGAUGCGGACCUCAUUACUGAGGACGUAGAAAAUGAAGAUGUGAGGCCUUUUGAUUGGAUAACGGAAUCAACGGAUGGAGACUCGAAGUAUACUACCUUAAUUAACAAAUUCCGUGCGAUACACAAGGAUCUACCGGAAGUGUUCAAAGAAGAGUCACGUACUAAGACGCACAGAGAAGAACGCAAAGAACUAUACACCAGCAUUAAAAAAGAAGUUGAAAAACGAUGGGAGCCAGUGUUACAUCACGUAAAAAGGCAAAAACAUAUCACAUAUGGAGACUCAGGAGACAAGGACGACCCGACGUAUGGGUCGUUAACGGAAAUAGAUAUUGAAACAGAUCUUGAAAAGGAACUAGAAAAUCAUACAAAUGCUGCAUAUGAACGAGCGUUAUACGCACGAGAUUUGCGUAAACAAAAACGCAUCAAUCGUAUCAAGAGUAAGAAUUGGCACAAACGACAGAAGAAACGUGAUUUAGAACUAUACGCCAAACUUAUUGAAAAAUCACAGGACCCAGAACUUACGAAGGAACUGUUAGAGUCGUUUGAGCAGAAAAGAUCCAAACAUCGUGUUCUAAGGAAACGUGCAGCACAGGAGAAGUGGGCUAAGAUGGCAAUGCGUUUUGGAGAUCGCAGUGUGCUGAAGCAAAUAUCUAGUGCACAACAACAAUUGAAGGAUGAUCUGCAUCUGAUUAAAGAUACAAUAGAUGCCGCUAAGGAAGAGUCGUCGGACGAAGAAGAUCCACAACAAGUCGAAUCGGAAUCUGAAUCUGGAGAUGAACCCGCGGAUCCGGAAGAUGAGGUGCUUGCCAAAUUGCAAAUAAUAUCAAACCCUGCAGAAGCUGAAGUGCCACAAAAGGGACUGUUCGCAUUAAAAUUCAUGAAAGAAGGGUUACAAACAAAAAUCGCACAACAAAAAGAAGGGAAUGUGGAAAAUAAACAGACUAUUUCCCUUCGCGAUCAAGCAGAUGACUUUUUUGAACAAGAACUACCGCAAUCAGAUUCAGAUGACGAAGGUCAAGAUGAACCUGAAGAGCCCGAUCCUACUGAAAUUACAUUCACCAGUGGUACAAAAACUAAGAUUAGUGAUGAUGAUUUGGCCAAAGCUAUGAAAGAGAUACAACGUGCUCUUGGUGGCGACGUGGAUGAACCUGCUAAAGAAAGUAACAAAACACAAGCCACAAACAUCGAGACAACAAAUCAGGGGAGCGUGCAUACCGAAAAGGAGAUAUUACAAAACAGUGCACAUGCUAGUUCGAAAUGUGAUACACCGCCAGUUGAAAAGGAUAAUGCCAAACCCGAAAGUGUUGAUCCAUUAAAGGGAGUCAUAUUAUCGGAAGAUACAGGAUUAGAAAACUUCAUCAAGAACUUGGGGCCCGUAAAGAAAAAGAAUGAUACAGACGAAAUGGUCAAACGUCUGUUUGUGACGAGACCUGAAGAAGAAAAUUAUCUAUCGGACGAUGAAGUUGAAGCAGUAGAAGAUUCGGAUAACAAGCUAAAAGGUUGGGGAAGCUGGACGGGUUUCGGAAUUGUAGAUAAAGCUCCUAAAACUACCGAGCCGGAAGUGCCAAAGAACAAGAAAAGCAAGGUGAAAAUAUCAAACAAUAAAGAGACGCAUCUGAACAAGUACCUCUUACACCGGGUGCCGCAUCCAUUUAAAACAAGACAUGAAUAUAACGCUAAAAUGGAAAUGACCAUUGGACCGGAAUGGAACACUACAAAGAUGCAUUCAGCCCUGGUACAACCAAAGACAAGCAUCAAAGUAGGAUCAGUGGUCAAGCCAAUUUCAGCAGAAAGUACGAAGGAUUAUCUAAGGCGUAUGGGCAAAGAGUUCAACAGGAAUCGUACACAUGCCAAAUUGUGAUAUUUCAUAGAUAGGACUCCCAUUAAGGCCCGAUGACAAUACG